GCUGAGCUGCUUUUGAUUUUUAUCGUCUUCUCCUUCCCCCUUUUCCCCUUGGAGUUUUUCUCAAACUUCACAAAACUCCUAUACUUCUCUUUUCUGUCCAUGUAAGAUUUUUCCUUGGUUUCCCCUCAUUUUACCCAUAGAUUUUCAAACCAGAAUCUUUUCUGUUGCUCCUGCAAAAACCCACAAAAUCUAUCUAUCGAUUCUCUUGCAUACUCAACUAGGCCAAUAAUUUCUUCAAAAAUAAACGCAAUCUUUGUUAAUUUGAGCAAAAAUGUCUGAAAGUCCAGCAAAAGUGCGAUUAGUUCGCUGCCCCAAAUGUGAAAAUCUCCUCCCUGAGGUCACCGAAUAUGCAGUUUAUCAGUGUGGUGGUUGUGGUGCUGUUCUUCGAGCAAACAAUAAGCAUAUUGAAUCCAGUGUAUCUUCGGAGAAAUCCGGUGAUGAAAGUGACGGAGUUCCAAACAAAAUCUCCAAAGAAUCACCUGUGAAUCUUGAUUUCUCAAAAAGAAGUGUUAAGAGCAUGAGUUUAGCUUCAGAAAGUGGAGUCAAAUCUAAUGGAAGUUCUGGUAGGAGACACGAAAGAGACGAUGAUAACAGCAUAAACUUCGAAGAACCAAAACCCACAACAGCAGGUAACAGAAGUGGGUCACGAAGAUCAGUUCGAAGUUCAAAUUGGAGAUAUCGAGACUCAAAUCUUCAAGAAGCUUCAUCGAGUUACAAUUAUGCCCCUCGCCAUGAAUAUGCUGAACUAGUUCAUAACACAAACAAUCUAGAGGUUGAAGACGAUCGCGAUGAGCUUUUAAGGAAAUUAGACGAACUCAAGGAUCAAAUCGUUCGAUCUCGUGAUAAACCUAAAGAAAAAUUCCCGAUUAAUCAUCAUAUCCCAUCUUAUAUUGACCCUCCUCCUUAUAUUCAUCAUAACAAUCAUUCUUUAUUACCUUCUUCGAAUCAAGUUCAAUCGUUUAAUGAUCCUUUUAGGUCGCAAAACCACAGAAGAACCCCGAUUAUGCCAUUUGAACAAAACCCAUAUAAUCAUCCCUAUUAUUCCGGCCAAUACGUUAGCAACGAAAUUACUGAUAAUCGAUUAUUCCACCAUCCGUCUUGUUCGUGUUUAGUCUGCUACAACAAACACCACCAAGCUCCGCCACCACCUCCACCACAACCGCCGCCACACCCCAUCGCACCACCGGUUUUGCAAAACGAUCCGGGUUUCUACCACCAUGAUUACAAUCGUUCUUUAAAUUCUCGCAGCGGUGAAUCCCGAACACGAUGGUCUAACGAAAUCCGCCGCCCUCCAAGAGGAAUCUUAGCCACCGGAGUGAGGCGGUGCCGCCCCGUUUCCGGCGGUUCUCCGUUCGUGGCGUGUUGUAAAUGUAACGAAUUGCUUCAAGUACCCAAAAAGGAUACGAAAAAAAUGAGAUGCGCAUCGUGUUCUGAAGUCAUGUUGCUUUCGAUUGUCAACAAGAAACUUCUUCUCUCGAUUUAUACUGUAACUCGUAUGGAUUCCCAAAAGCCAAAAGAUAAUCAUAUUCAUAAGACACGUGGCGACGCAAAAUGGGGAGGCACCGAGUUUUCCUCUGAGGAUUACGAUAACUCUGGUAAUUUUGACUUUGAGUCAAUGGAUAGAUUGGCGAUAGGUGGACCGAGUUUGACUUCUUACAAAUCCGCAGUUUCUUACACAUCUGAAGAAGAUUUAAAAAAUGGAAUCAAAGAUGAAAACACAGUCGAUGUAACAGUGGAAGACGAUAAACCAUCUCCACCACCUUCUGGUUCACCUCUUCAAGAUCAUUUUGACUAUUCAACGAAAUACAAUCGAGCAGAAAAAGGGAACAUGAGCAAAAGGUCAAAUAUGGAAAAACCUAUUAAUGUGGGGUCCAUGAACAUGAAAGAUGAUGAUGCAUUAGCAAGUGAGAUUGAGAUUUCAUCAAACGAAUAUGGAGUAAACACAGGCACUUCUCAAGAAUCUGGUGAUGCAAAUACGGAUCGAAAUGGAGGAAGUGGAUCUUUUUUUGCGAGUAUGAUUAAGAAAAGCUUUAGGGAUUUUUCAAAGUCUAGUCAACAUGAUGACAUGGGAAAAGUCAAUGUGGUGGUCAACGGGCAUCAUAUACCCGAUCGGUUGGUUAAGAAAGCUGAAAAGGUUGCUGGACCGAUUCAGCCUGGUGAAUACUGGUAUGAUUCGAGAGCUGGGUUUUGGGGUAUGAUGGGUGGUCCUUGUCGUGGAAUAAUUCCGCCAUUUAUUGAAGAAUUUAAUUAUCCGAUGCCUGAAAAAUGUGCGGAUGGAAACACAAAUGUAUUUGUGAAUGGGAGAGAGCUUCAUGAGAGGGACUUGGAUUUGCUUGCAAGUAGAGGGCUCUCAACAGAAACAGACAGAUCUUAUGUCAUUGAGAUAUCUGGGCGGGUGUUAGAUGCGGAUUCAGGUGAAGAGCUUGAAGGACUCGGUAAAUUAGCCCCAACAGUGGAGCGCAAGAAACAUGGAUUCGGGAUGAAGCCUCCAAAAGCAGCGGUUAUAUAAAGUUAUAAAUGCUCCAGUCAUUUGAUAUGAUAUCAGAUGACUGGAGCAUUUGGGGUUUAUGCUCCAAUGGGAGCAUAAACCGUAUUUAUGGAACUUAUGUGUUUGUAGACACAAGGUAAAUUCUUUAUGACUGAAUGUCUCAAUAGUUUAGAGCUUCGUGUAUCGAUAUGUAUGUGAGAUGCAAAUGAUGUGUUUAGGAAUUUAUUAGAGGAGUUGUCAUUUUUGGUUUCGAAUUUGUUGUUUUGUUGUGCAUUUGGUGACUGGUUUUAUGUAUUUUUGUUUGUGUAUAUAAAUUUAAGUUUACUUGAAUUGUCUCA